UCCUCCUCCCCCUAAUGCCUGUAACUCACAUCCGAGGCUGGGCGAGGAAUCCGGAGGGGAGAUUUUCCUCAUGCUCACCGUUGUUGGAAACUGGGAGAGUGACGGGAAGGAGGAAGGGGAUCUGUGGCGCUCUCUACCUACUACCAGCCUGACCAGGGGAGGGGGCACCUGGAUUUGCAUCUUUUCUUCGUGGUGAUUGAGAACUGCAGGUUCAAUCCGAUCCCACUGAGCACUGGCGAUUGAUUAUUAAAAAAAAAAAACAAAAAAACCCGACACUGGGAGAAGGGAGGCUCUGUCUUCGGCUGUCAGACUCGAUCUCGGAGGUGGUAUUGGUGUGUGUGUGUGUGCUGGUGGUUUUUUUUUUUUUUUCUUUUCUUUUCUUUUUUUUCUUCUUUCUUUCUUUCUUUCCCUUUUCUUUUUUUUUUUUUUUUCCUUCUCUCCUAGGGGCUACACAAUGGCAGUCUUCUCUCAGUGAGAUGAAUCCUGCUUUGCCUUCUGCAGACCCACCCAUCCUCAUAGCGAUCAAGUAAAAGGCUAUGGUUUUCUCUUUGGGGAUCUUUUGUGCAUUACUGUUCUCUCUGAUUAGUUCUGGUCUCUGUUGGGAUUUCUUUGCUUUUUUGUUUGGCUUCAUGCUGAAAAAGGAUUUUUUUUCCAACCCUUUGAUAAUAAUCCAGUGGUGAUCGAGGGGGAUAAAUCAUUCACCCUGGCCGAAAAAAAACAAUCACUGAGAAGUCUCAAAGAAAUAUACCACGUGAGGGGAAAAAACUGGGAGAAGAUCCGGAAUAUUAUCGUUUUUCCUAUGGUAAAACCGGUGCCCCUCUUCAGGAGAACUGAUUUCAAAUUAUUAUUAUGCAACCACAAGGAUCUCUUCUUUCUCAGGGUGUCUAAGCUGCUGGAUUGCUUUUCGCCCAAAUCAAUGUGGUUUCUUUGGAACAUUUUCAGCAAAGGAACGCAUAUGCUGCAGUGUCUUUGUGGCAAGAGUCUUAAGAAAAACAAGAACCCAACUGAUCCCCAGCUCAAGGGUAUAGUGACCAGGUUAUAUUGCAGGCAAGGCUACUACUUGCAAAUGCACCCCGAUGGAGCUCUCGAUGGAACCAAGGAUGACAGCACUAAUUCUACACUGUUCAACCUCAUACCAGUGGGACUGCGCGUUGUUGCCAUCCAGGGAGUGAAGACAGGGUUGUAUAUAGCCAUGAAUGGAGAAGGUUACCUCUAUCCAUCAGAACUUUUUACCCCUGAAUGCAAGUUUAAAGAAUCUGUUUUUGAAAACUAUUAUGUAAUCUACUCAUCUAUGCUAUACAGACAACAGGAAUCUGGUAGAGCCUGGUUUUUGGGAUUGAAUAAGGAAGGGCAAGUCAUGAAAGGAAACAGAGUAAAGAAAACCAAACCAGCAGCUCAUUUUCUACCCAAGCCAUUGGAAGUUGCCAUGUACCGAGAACCCUCUUUGCACGACGUCGGAGAAACGGCCCCGAAGGCCGGGGUGACGCCGAGUAAGAGCACAAGCGCGUCGGCAAUAAUGAACGGCGGCAAACCAGUCAACAAGAGUAAGACGACAUAGCCAGAUCCUCGCGGGUGUUGUGACUUUCUCGUCCUGCGCACAGUGGAGUGAUUUAUCCCGGCCAGACGUUCCCGCGCCGUGGCUGAGCGGCGGCCGGAGGCGAGCCGAGGCUUGCUCUCGCCUGUCUCGAACGUCUUGGCUGCGAGCGACACCGCUCCACCGUCGCGCGCCCGGAGCACGAAGACGCCUGGCCAGGCAGCCGAGCUCAGGCCGCGGAACGCCCUACCAGAUGUGGAAUGCCUUUUCAGUACCUUUUGUGACGUGACUCUUCAUGGGAAUGACACACUCCACAAGUACGCUCGACACCUUGCCUGCUGACAGCUACCCAUGGUCCUUUUCGAGUCCCGUUCCCGCGAGACCCCUGUGUUUCCGUGCGAUUUCGCAGCACAACGUACUCCCGAGUGAUUCCUGGUUAGACGCUGUAAACCUGCGCUGUUAAUGGGUUUCUCUUGUCCCCGUUUUCACAGGGCUGCUCGCUCCGCUGUCUGUGACCUUUGCAGAGAUUGUACUCCUCUAAACCUUAAAUGUGGCAGUUGGCCUAGUUCGGAGAGCGAUCAAGGAAUCAGGAAGCCUCCCAAACCUAGUGUUACAAAUUGCACCCAUAGAGAUUGAGAGUGUCGCUUCGGUUCCCACUAUCGAUUAAACACACAUACACGCUCUAUCCAGUACGGAUCCUGUGUUCUUGAGGUCGGCGUUGCCGGGGUGGGAAAUGGGCCAAACACAGUCCGGGGGGGAGCUCUCUACCGUAUGUGUUUGACCUUCCUCCCCCUACGGUUUCUCCGUGUGUGUGUGUGUGUGUGUGUUUUAUACAUAUCACAAGCUUACUGGUAAUGGUAACAUUUGCCUUGCCCAGCGAGCAAGACCCACUGGUUUUUGAGAAAGUGGGUCCAAAGAACUCUGUAGGCCUUGUAGGCCUGAUUAAGGUUCAUUUUUCAUCUACUGAUCCUCGUUAUUUGGAAAAAAGAAAAAAGAAAAUUCAAUAAUUACAACCUACAAGAAUUGCGCUACCUAAAUCCAUUUCCGAUAUAAUCCUACCGGUUUUUAAUGACCCGAACUGAAUGCCAUCCCCGGGUCUGGCUGCGUUCCACUCAUACUCAGCAGAGCAUGGGCAAGGCGGCUGUUGUGUUCUUUUCUGCAGCAGCAAUGCAAACGUUAGUUACUAAAUUAGACUUUAAUAUUUUUGGUGUUUAAUGACAAGUUUUUAAACCGGACAUAUUAGGAACAACUAUUUUUUUUAGCUCAGCAUGCUGAGUCAGGUACUGUGUGUCUCACCACUCCAUACCUGUAACUCAGCUUCUCGGGGCCCCGAUAGCCCAGCGGCUGGGGUGAGGUGCCUUGCCAUGAGCUCAGAAUGCAGUCUGUUGAAUUCUUCUGGAUAAAAUUCAAGGCAAACCAACACGUUCAAACAUCAGGUUUUUGGUCCACUCCAUUGAUCUGCUUUUUGUUUUAUUUUGCUUUUCUUAAUUUCCUUUUGCCUAAGUCCGAGCGCAGGGAAGACAACCGCUAAGAAAGGUCACCAGUGGUUGACUGCACAGGGAAGAAACCAUGCAAAACGUUCACGAUGGGAUGUAAGGAGUUUCAAAAUGUGGAAUACGAAACUGUUUGGAAAUAUAUUUGUUAGCUCUGUGUAUACUUAAUAAAAUUCAAUGUUUCCUCCUCGGAAGAGUUAACUGAGACCAAACUGAACCUCAUUUAUAGAAAACUAUACGCAGGAUCAUGUACUGGCCUCUUGUGAUUAUUUCCAUGAGGAAGGCUGACCCAGUCGCCAUCCCCCCCCCCCCCGCCCCCCUCUCCCCUUCCCCCCCCUCCCCGCAUCUGCACUGUAUUUCCCAGGAAAUUAUUUUGCCACUGCGUUCCUAAGUCUCCAUGACAGCCCUUGCCCGGCAUUUAAAAAAUUUUGGCCUGCUUAGCUGAUUAAAGAUUUAGUAUAAAUUUAACUGUUUAUGCUUACUUCAUUUUCAUAUUGGAUUUCAUUUUAAUAAAGAAAAAGUUAGCAUAACGUUUGAGUAGAUUUAUUGUCAAUAAUGCUAAAGUACGAAUACAACAAAACGAUUCCUUCAACCAUUCUUGAUUUCUUGUGACACCAUUUUAAAGCCUAUUGUUUUCAACAGGAUGAGUUAAAACCCAUUAGAUGGAUUUCACGAACCAAUUAUUUAGGGGAGACAUGUAUUCUAUAAUCUGUGGCAAACCGAAUUAUUUAACUUGACAUUCCAAUUAGAUGGGCUUAUAGACACUGCUUGCCCCAACACACACACACACACACACACACACACACACACGUACACACCGAACAACCCCACCUAUUGGUUUUUGGUAAUCAGCCCUACUUGCUAUUUUUUUUCCCCCCGCAAGCCUAUUUAUUGGUUAAAAUUAAGACAAGAUUUAUUUUUGUAAAUGACUGAGAUUUAUGUCAAUGUGCACCUCUGUUUUGUUUUGUAUAUGAGUUGUCUCCAAGGGCAUUUAUCCCUAUGAAUGGAUGUCAAAUACUUUCUUCUAAUAUAUGUUUAGACAUAUUGCCGACGGGUCCUUGUUAUUUGUAAAUUAGACGGUUUCCUUCGUGUCUGGUCUCACCUGUUGCAUGGGACGAGGACAGCACUGAGGAACUGCAUGUAGUAAGACCUGUGUAUCAAGAACUGUUGGUAUGUACUAUUCAAUUUACAUACAAAGAGUCUGUCUGCAUUGUACAGUUCCUGUGUUUAAUACCAUUUGUUGUAUUCGCAAAUACAACAUACUGAAUAAAAUACUGAUAUGAAGGCAUAUUACAAAACAUCAAACAACUUUAUGUAACAAAAUGGCAUUGCUUCACCCACGAAUAUAGAGAAAUGUCAUGUAAAUAAGUUGGUACACUCAAUGUUCCCCUUGACCAUGCCAAAGAAAAUUUUAGCUCUUUGAUGAUACCUCUCUUGCUAUUUUUCUGGGAUAAGAUGCCACCAUUUUUUCCCCUCAAAAAUUAAGUUUGCUGUUGUUAAGCAAGUGCAAUCUGUCAUCAUUGAUGUUCUGUAUAGUAAAUCUGAUGGAAUUCAUUUGUAUCUACAGACCGUGUGUUUUGUACCUCCAUGUACAUUUGUCAGUUGCAUCGAGUCUCUCUAAUGUUACAUUCCUUUUGCAUGCGUAUCUGGUAGGGGAGGAUUACUUCUACUGCUCUGUUACGGUAGCUGAUUGCUUCACCCACCCCUCUGCAACCCUUGGGAACGUUCGUUGUUUUGAUAUUCCAGGGGACACCACUUUUAUUUUCUUUUAAGUUUGCUUUCUAAAAUAUUUGGCUACAACUUUACUUGGAAAAAUUAUGGAAGAGAUGCAGAUGGUGCACCCUAUGUAAAGAGUAAAAUGGUACUGAGCAAGAUUUCGUUACAAAUCCUGCAGAAUUUAGGGAUUCUUGCCCUAAACAUUUGCCUGCCCUGAGUGUUUGGGGAUAGGAGAUAGUUUUAGGAGCUCCACAAAUAAGACUCCUGCUGCAGUCCUUCUAAUUAUUUACCUCUUGGAGAGUAAGCAGAGUGAGUAUUUUUAACACACCGGGCCAGUUGCUCACUUAAUGCCUAAAGCACUAAAACAGUCAGAUGUUUUCGAGAUGACCAAUGUUAGAUUUGGUUUUCUUUUAGAAAACAAAACAACAACAACAACAACUUCUUGUUCCUUAAGUUAGACAUGUAUCACUUCAUUUAAGGUUUUAUUCCUAAUAUUACAGGGAGAACUAAUGUUUGAAGGAGAGACCAGAUUGGCUAAGAAAUCCAUUUUAGGAGGAAAUAAAAUAAUUGAAAACUAUUUUCGAUUGUAUUUAAGAACAAGACUAUUUCCAGGGAAAGCAAUUGGCUAAACACAGACAUACCAACAUCCAGACGCAAACGGUGUUACUUUGGAGUAAAAUACAUUUCCUAGCUUAAGUUUCUUAGCUUACAAGGGGGCACACAAGGCCUAUUGACUCUUGGAUACUGGGUAGGGCUUCAGAGAUUGAUAGUGAGUCUGUAAGCAAAGGCUGAGUGGUGAUUCGUUUUGGUUUUUUUUCUCAGUUAUCAUUCUGUCUGAUCCUGAUGUUUGCUGGCAAAGAUUGUGUUUGCAUUUGAAGUGGUGGAGGCCAUUCCUUUCAAGGUGCUGCAGGAAUCUAGAUGAGCUCAAGGGGUCCUGGGAGAAAAUGGGGUAUAAUUAUUAGCCUCCUGGGUCUUAGGACCUUAGCUGAAUUUUACUGAAAAGUCCUUGUGGAAGAAUUCCUCAGUAACGGUGUGCCAACAAGCAGGGUGAGGGCCAACACCAGCAGCAGACAUGUUGCAUCCUUCCCAACUGACGUUAAUCUCCCCAUAACUUCACACGAACUCGAACAAGCCUAUGAGCUUCGCACAUUUACCCUUCCCCACUACAAGCCUGUUCCUGCCCUGCCUUUUUUUGAAAGAGGGAGUUUUUUACCUCAGUAACAGAAUUAAAAGUUAAAAUACAAAACCACAUCAAAGAAGGGUAGGAUUUACCUCUUUACAUGUAACUGUAUUUUAUUUUUUCCAACUUAAACAUGUAAAUUAAAUAACUUCUUAAUAGGUCUAUUGAUGAUUGCCUUGCUACAGUCAAAUUCAUAUACACGCAUACGAAAUAUUAUAGCAGACAGAAGUAAAAAGAAACUAUUUCUGUUUUAAAAGAAAAAUAUUCAUUAGCGAUUAGGUACCAGGUGACUUAUUCUAUGACUCAGUUUCAGUUCAAUAACUUGUGGCUAAAUCAACCCAGGAGAGAACUGACUGUCAUAUAUUUUCAGCCUUGUCAAAAAAUUUGAAUAAAUCACAUUGCGAACUUUCUAGUAUAAUUUCUCUGUCUCGAAACUUUUCCCUAAAAAAAGUAAAUGCUGAGGACACUGUUCUUAUAUGAAAAUAUAAAAAGAGAAGCCCUUUCUUUGUAGUUGUUAACAAAAGGGAUAACAAACGUAGAGAACCGCAAGAAAAAUAAGACACACCCAGGAUUCCAGGGUAAGACAAAGGAAAUUAAGGGCAGCUUUAGGAGAGCUCAGGUUGGCAAAAUGCUGCCGGAAGGCUGGGAGCCAAAUCGAGCACAGUCUGUUUUUGUAAAAAUGCCCAUGAGCUCCGAACGAGUUUGCUUUCUGUUUUCCCUUUUAUAGUUCUAAAGUAUUAAAAACAGAGAAGAUCCAACAGAGAUGUAUGUGGCCCACAAAGUCUAAAAUAUUUACUCUGGUCCUUUA